AUGGACCAGCAACCGUCUUAUAAUGGUCAACGUCAAGGAACAGUUGGUGCGAAUGGUGGAAACGGCAUAAGAUUGCCAGCAUCCCAUCUGAAUUCGUCCACUGUACCCCAUCCUCCACCAGCUAUGAUUUUCGGUCAACAGCCAAUUCCACAGCUGAAUGUAACCCAUAAUUAUGCUGUGGCUGAUCUUUACCAACGUUAUGAAACAGCUCGUCCACAUUGUCCUGGCAAUGCAGUAUCUAAUCGCGGAAAUUCACGGCGUUUACGUGUGGAAGAUGCUCUUUCGUAUCUCGAUCAAGUGAAAAUACAAUUCUCUCAAGCGCCUGAGGUGUACAGUGAUUUUUUGGAUAUUAUGAAAGAUUUCAAGUCACAAACGAUCGAUACACCGGGUGUCAUUCGACGUGUUUCACGAUUAUUCCGCGGUCGUCCAAACUUAAUUGUUGGAUUCAACACUUUUCUUCCUCCAGGAUUUGAAGUGCGCCUUGAUGGAAACAAAAUUGUAAUCUCUGAGCCGUCUGGUCGCACACAAAUAGUUGAUGAAGGACGCAACGAAGCAGCAACAACACAAAUAACAAACGUUGUAACUGCAGUGUGUGGUACACCGUCAGUAGUAACUUCGUCGACGAGCUCGAAGGCAUCAUCCUCAGAAAGUGCAAUUGUUGAAUGUACCCCUUCUUCAUCUGCACCAUGCACAUCGUCGCCUUCAUCUCAACCAACAGCAUCUGUACCUCGAUUUUGUGCUGCAACAACAAAUCUAUCCAAUGAACAACAACAACAACGUAGUACGGCAACAUCCACAACAACGAUACAACAGUUAGCGGCUCAUAUCAAUGUGGUUCAGUCGUCAUCAUUACCACCUUCAUCGAGUGCUGAACGUAGUGGCUCUGGCAACGUACCUCAUCAACCUGUUGCUCUUCCACUACCUUGUUCUUCUUCACUACCUAUUGCUGAUCUCAAGCAGCAGCAGCAACACCAUCAACCCCAACCUACUGUUGCUUCAACAUCUGCUCCUCCUCCGUCUCAAAACGUCGAACUUCCUUCUGAUCAAUCACCGAUCGAGUUCAACCAAGCGAUCAAUUACGUGAACAAAAUCAAAGCUCGUUUCCAGAAUCGACCCAAUGUCUAUCGUCAAUUCUUAGAAAUUCUCCAUUGUUAUCAACAAGAACAAAAAGGAAGUCGUCCACAGGGGGAAUCACAGUCGCUGACUGAAAGCCAAGUUUACAAUUCUGUGGCUGUGCUCUUCGAAAGUGAACCAGAUCUACUUCGCGAAUUUUCGCAGUUCUUGCCAGAUGCUUGCGGAUUUUUAAAUAAGCCGUCGGUGCCUAGCAACUUACAGUCUAACGAAGCGGCGCACGAAUUCAGUUCUAAGCAGCAACAGCAUCAGAGCAAAGCAUCGCGCAAUGCUGAGCGUGCAUCACUGGUGGUUUCACCACAACCGGUUUGUGUACCAAACACCAAUAAUAGCAGCUCGAAUGCCUUGCAACCACCUCAGUCAUCGCCAGUUAACAUACCCAAUGCAUCCAAUGUCUCAUCAGUUAACCUCCAUAAGCGUAGUUUUUCGAGAUCAUCUCAGCAAUCGGUCACUGCAAAGAAGGCAAAAGUGAGUACAUCGAAUGUAAUAACGUAUGAUUUCGAUGUUAAUGAAGCGGUGCGAUUGGCUACAGUGGAUGACUUGUUAUUCUUCGACAAGGUUCGUAAAGUGCUGUCUGAUGAUGAAGUGUACAACAAUUUUCUUCGUUGUUUGAUGCUGUACAACAAGAAUAUCGUUACCAAAAACGAACUUAUUGAACUAAUCACUCCUUUCAUAGGAAAAAGGGCAAAUCUUCUGAAGGAAUUCAAAAAUAUACUUGGUAUUAACGAUUCCAGCUUCGGUGGCCAGCAUCAAGAAGAUAAAAGUCGUAAAAGACCGUCUAGCGGCGAUGGCAUUCCGUCUGAGUUAACUUCCCAAAUAGAUUAUUCAACUUGUAAACGAUUGGGAAUCAGUUAUCGCUCUUUACCCGAAUCUUAUCCACGAGCCGUUUGUAUGGGAAGAACACCGUUGUGCCAGUCGGUUCUCAAUGAUACUUGGGUAUCUUUUCCAUCGUGGUCUUCCGAAGAUACUUCUUGUGUUCAUUCGAAGAAAAGUCAGUACGAAGAAUUCAUAUAUCGAACAGAAGAUGAACGAUUCGAAUUAGAUAUUGUUAUCGAAGUGAAUAAAGCAGCACUAGAGACACUUGAGUUUCUUCAACGAAAAAUGUCUCGUAUCAAAAAGGAAGAAGUAACGAAAUUACGACUCGAUUCAUCCCUAGGCGCAUCGUCACCCUCACUCAUGUAUCGUGCUCUGAAACGUAUUUAUGGAGAGCAUGCGAAUAAGAUGUUGGAAGGAGCACGAAAGAAUCCUUGGGUGGUUGUGCCAAGAUUGAUCGAACGGAUGCGUCAGAAGGAUCGAGAGUGGAGAGAUGCGCAGGUGCAGUUCAAUCGCAUAUGGCGAGAACAAACCGAGAAGUACUACGCGAAAAGUCUUGAUCAUCAAGCUCUCUCGUUCAAGCAGAACGAUCUGAAAUUACUUCGUUCUAAGAUGAUCGUGCAUCAUUUUGAAACACUUUAUGAUGAGCGUGAAACACGAAAAGAAGAGAACGCAAGUACAGAGAUAGGGCCACAUUGUAUUUAUGAUUAUCCAGAAGAUAUGUCGGUGCUGUAUGAUGUGAAUGAUUUGGUAAUUCAUUACGUGAAACGUCAACCUAAUAUACAAAAAGAUGAGAAACGAGAUGCGAAGAAAACGUUGAAACGUUUCAUCCCUGAGCUCUUCAAUAUUCCUCCGCAGCCAAUGAGCGAUGAAGAGGAUAAUGGCAGUGAAGGCGAACGUCAUGGUUUCUUUGCAGUAUUUAUCUUUCCGGGUUUUAUUAAGAAUUCGAACAGCUCAUUUCAUUUUAAUAAUCGUCCUUUUACUGAUGCAAGUAAGUGUAAAUUACGUAUAGCAGACACGGAUGGUGGAUUGCGUUCAUCAAGAAGAGCUUCUUUAGUAGCAAAUGCAAGCAGCGAGAAACGUAAUGCUGCUGCGGUUGUUAGCAGCACUAAUAUAUCGCCAUCAUGCAUUUCAACGGACUCAAAUAAUGAAGCAAUAAGCGAAGGGUUGGAAAAGAAACCCUUCUCAGGUACAUCAUACCGGUUGUUUUUUGGUGCGAAUACAUGGUGUGUUUUCGUUCGUCUUCAUCAAAUGCUUUGCGAUAGAUUGGCACGUUUAAAGAAGAAAACAUCUGAGAUGCUCGAAAAUUAUAAGGCUGAAGAGCGAAUGCGUCAAGAACGUGAAGAGAUACUGCGUCGAAAUAAAGGAAGUGGACGAUUGGAACAAAGCGUGAAUAGUGAUACCCAAAAGGGUUUACAUUUGCUGAAGAAAAGUGCACAAUGCCCCAAGAAUUUUUACAUUGCACUCAUUUCGGAGAUUAAGAACCUUUUGGAUGGUCAGAUAGAAGCAUCUGCGUUCGAGGAUAGCAUUAGGAAUAUGUUCGGGACUGACGCGUAUAUAACAUUUACGAUGGAUAAAAUAAUCACAACAAUGGGUCGACAAUUGCAAGCGAUGUCCUCUGAAGAGGUGAAUAUUGCAACGAUGGAACUGUAUCAAAAAUAUCGCUUUGAAAAGCCCCUAAAUAUGUACAGCAAAUCUAAUAAUGAACAACGAAUCGAGGCUGCUUAUCAAGCAGCUGUUGAGCAGUUAUUGGCAAAUCAAAAUUGUUUCAAAACGUAUUUUCUGCACGAUAAGAACAAGGUUACUAUGGAGUUAAUCGAUGCAGACACUGUCGAGGAAGGUGCUGAGAAACUUUCGAGCGCUGAUCAUAAAUGGAGCCUCUAUGCUCGUCAUUACAUUAAAUCACUUAGUGAAGAAUCAACCUCAUUUACUAUCAAUUCGGAUGAAAUCGAAGCUAUAGCUGAAAAGCCAGUUUUUUUGAUGCGACUCGUUCGGCAGGGUGUUGAGCGUUGCAGGCGACGAGAGGAAGAAGCAAAGAAGAAGAUUGGAAAAGGACGCGGGAAAGGACGACCAAGUGAAAAGGAAAAAGCUUCAAAUGUGGCAAUGAUUCGAGAGGAUUUGCAUGUUCGUUUCUCAUCGGCGGACAAUUAUCGAAUGCGUUUUGUUAAUGGAUCAUCAGACCUCUUGAUUCGCAGUGGUGCACCACAGCGUGCCAUUAAGAAGCACAGAAUAAUGGUAGCUAGACGUAAGGAGCGUUUUACUUCGUGGUUAGAAGAGCGUUUAUGUGAAGAAGGAAGCGAGGUGGUCGCACCACGCAACUGGCUCUCAGAUGGCUCUAAAAUGGUUCCUGUCCGACAUCCCGUCUUCAACUAUCUCACUUAUAAUCGUUAUGUAACCACUAAUGAUGAUUCUUCAUCUGUUACAACAAGCACUCGUUCAUAG